AUAACCAUUAAAACAGUAUUAUACGCGUACUGUCUAUCUUUAACUAUGGAGCCUGCUGCAGAAGAAAACCAUUCACAUUUUCUUACAAACGCGCUACUCUGUACCGUUGCAUCACUGAUAGUCUACCUGUUGUACUUGAGUUGGAGCCGUCCUAACAAGUUUCCACCGGGACCGUAUGGUUGGCCAUUGGUUGGUUCGCUGCCUUCGUUGUCACGGGACAAACCAUAUAAAGUCCUCACGAAAUUGUCGAAACAGUAUGAUGAUGUAUUUAGUAUCAAAAUUGGCCAACGAUUAGCAGUGGUGUUGAACGGCCAGAACGCACUCAGAGAGGCACUGGUGAGGAAAGCAGACUACUUCAGUGGACGUCCUACCUUUACUCCUGGUGCGAUCGUAAGUGAAGGAAAAGGAAUAAUAAAUGCACAACACGACGAGAAUGGUAGACAUCUACGUCGAUUCACUCUGAAGACUUUGAAGCACUUCGGAAUGGGAAAAUCGGUUCUGGAAGGAAGUAUAUUAAAAGAAGUUCGUCACAUGACGGAUGCGAUCAACAUACACAGUGGAAUGCCAAUAGAUCUAUCCAUCCAUCUUUCAAAUGCAACGUAUAAUAUCAUCUGUUCUAUGGUGUUUGGAAAAAGAUAUCGAUACAAUGAUCAACGUUUCCAAAGACUUUUAACGAUGGUGGCUGACUUUUUUAAACUGUCCGGUAUAGCCGCAAUGACCAAGUAUCUGCCAAUACUGCGACUUAUUCCAUGGAAUAAUAUCCUGGAAAAAAUUCACUGGAGAACGAAUGAAAUCAAGCAGUGGAUUCAGCCUGAUAUUGAUGAACACAUCGAACACUUUGAUUUGAGCUCUGAACCGAAAGAUUUUGUAGAUGUUUAUUUAGCUGAGAUGACGCGCGACGAAUUGAAGGAACAGCCAACAUCAAUGAACAGCACAAACCUUGUCCGGACCAUUAUUGAUCUAUUCCUGGCGGGCACUGAAACCACGGCAACGACACUGCGAUGGGCGAUAUUAUACUUAGUAUUGCAUCCCGAUAUACAAAAGAAAGUACGCGAUGAAAUAAUAGAUGAAGUAGGACAAGACCGUGAUGUAUCAAUGGCCGAUAAACACAAGCUACCUUACACGGAGGCAGUUAUACUUGAAGUCAAUCGUAUCAGUUGUAUUGCGCCCUUGGCAGUGUUUCACACAACAACUGAUGACGUCACAGUUGGUGGUUAUUUAAUUCCCAAACAUACAAUGGUUAUCCCUAAUUUAUGGUCGGCUCACAUGGAUCCUGAAGUAUGGGUUGAACCUGAUGCGUUUAUGCCUGAACGAUUUCUUCACAAUGGAAAAGUCGUGAAUUCAGAUAAAAUCGUUUCAUUUAGUCUCGGUCGUCGUGCUUGCGUUGGCAGACAACUUGCCGAAAUGGAAUUGUUUCUGAUUUUGACAACACUGUUACAACACCAUGAGUUUAGUAUUCCCGAAGGCAUGGAACCGCCAACCACGGAAAGGAUAGUGGGAAUAACAGUUUUUCCAAAACCGUACGAGGUGUGCGUCGUAAAACACUGA